AUGAAACAAAGGCGACGGGAAUCAUGGCGACAGCGAUCACCACUCAUCAGCGUUUUUAUUGCGCUUUUAUUUUUCACAAUCGCUUCGGGACAGCUGAGGUACUCUAUAUCAGAAGAGCUAACAGAAGGGAGUUUUGUUGGGAAUAUCGCUAAGGAUUUGGGAAUAGAUCUGAAUAUAAUGAAGCAGAGGGGAUUUCGUAUUAUAUCUGGCUCGACUGAACCUCUUUUCAAUUUAAAUGAGGAUGAUGGGGUCCUUUACGCAAACCGCAAAAUAGACCGAGAGGAAGUAUGUAAGGAUAAUAAUGUUUGUGUAAUUAGUCUCAAAACUGUGCUUGAAAACCCGCUAGAAAUACAUUAUGUCACAGUGGAAAUAGCGGAUUUAAACGACCACUCUCCUGCAUUUCCCGACAAAGCUCAGAAACUAGAGAUCUCCGAGUCUGCAUUACCAGGAGCACAGUAUCAGUUACAAAACGCUCACGAUCCGGAUAGUGGCACAAACUCUAUCCAACAGUAUAAAAUAAGUCAGAACGACCAUUUUCGUUUAGAGAUUAAAGACAGAGGCAAAGAUGGUAAAACUCCAACUUUAACGUUAGGUAAACAGCUAGACAGAGAGGUUAAAAGUAGCCAUAAAUUGGUGCUCAUGGCUAUAGACGGUGGAACACCUCAAAAGACGGGCACAGUUGAAAUAUGCAUAGAUGUUUUAGACGUUAAUGACAACAUGCCAGUGUUUAUCCAAGAUACAUAUUCAGCAGUACUACAGGAAAACACCCCGGCUGGCACAACAGUCAUUCAGGUUAACGCAACCGAUUUGGAUGAUGGUCCCAAUGGGGAAGUAGUUUAUUCAUUUGGCAGUGGCGUAAAAGCUAAAAUUCGAGAGCUUUUUGAUAUAGACUCUGUUACUGGGGAGAUAAUUGUCAAAGGUCACAUAGAUUUUGAAGAACAAGACAGCUAUGACAUUGAUAUACAAGCCUCUGAUAAGGGAAGCAUUCCAUUUAAAACUUAUAAAAGUGUGAUAAUUAACAUUGGAGACAUAAAUGAUAAUCCCCCUGAGAUAGAAGUGGCAUCGCUGUCAAGUGCAGUUUCAGAGGACUCUAGACCAGGAACAACGGUCGCGCUUCUCAGCAUUACAGAUUCAGACUCUGGGUUAAAUGGAAAAAUAAUCAGCUAUAUCGCAGGGGACAGCCCUUUUACGCUAACUCCGUCAAUACAAGAUAACAUGUUCGCCGUGGUCACCAAGUCACAGCUGGACAGAGAGCAACAAUCAACAUAUGAUAUAACAAUAAUCGCAAAGGACGCUGGUGAGCCAGCCUUAACAUCGGAAAAGACAGUAAAUGUGUUUGUGUCAGAUACGAAUGAUAACAGUCCGCAGUUUUCAGCGAGUCCCUAUAAGUUCUUCAUUAACGAAAAUAACCCACCGGGAGCUUCUGUGUUUUGUAUAACCGCAUACGACGGUGAUGAAGGAGACAAUGCGAUUAUCUCAUAUCAUAUUCUUAGGAAUGUGGGUCAUGAAAAUAAAGUUACAUCAUUUCUAAAUAUUAACUCCGAAAAUGGGGAGGUUUCAGCGCUGAAAAGUUUUGAUUUUGAAACACUGAAAACUUUCCAGUUCCAAGUUGUUGCCUCAGAUUCGGGAACUCCGUCACUAAGCAACAAUGUCACAGUCAACGUCUUCAUCCUUGAUCGGAACGACAACGCUCCAGUCAUCCUGUAUCCACUCAGCUCCAACGGUUCUGCUCAAGUUCUGGAGGAGAUUCCCCGAAACGUCAACGCAGGACACUUGGUGACUAAAGUCAGAGCCUAUGACGCUGAUAUAGGAUAUAACGGCUGGUUGCUCUUUUCACUGCAAGAAGUUACUGACCACAGUCUCUUUGCUUUGGACCGCUAUACAGGACAGAUCAGAACACUUCGCUCAUUCACAGAGACAGACGAGGCUGAGCAUAAACUGGUCAUACUGGUCAAAGACAACGGCAACGUUUCUCUCUCAGCAACAGCUACUGUGAUUGUCAAACUUGUGGAGCCCAAAGAGGCUUUUGCAGCUUCUGAUGUUAAAAGUGCAGCAAAAGAUGAUGAGGACAGUAAUGUCAUAUUUUACCUCAUGAUAACUUUGGGCGCAGUUUCUGUACUUUUUCUCGUCAGCAUCAUCGUGCUGAUUGCAAUGCAGUGCUCCAAAUCCACAGACUAUACUUCUAAAUAUCUGCCAGAGACUAAUUAUGAUGGGACACUCUGUCACAGCAUUCAGUACAGAUCAGGAGAGAAGCGGUACAUGCUAGUUGGACCCAGAAUGAGUAUAGGAUCUACUAUAGUUCCGGGUAGCCACGCAAAUACACUAGUGCUUCCUGACAGGCGGAGGACAUCUGAUGAGUUCCAAGUUGUUGCCUCAGAUUCGGGAACUCCGCCACUAAGCAACAACGUCACAGUCAACGUCUUCAUCCUGGAUCAGAACGACAACGCUCCAGUCAUCCUGUAUCCACUCACCUCCAACGGCUCUGCUCAAGGUGUGGAGGAGAUUCCCCGAAACGUCAACGCAGGACACUUGGUGACUAAAGUCAGAGCCUAUGACGCUGAUAUAGGAUAUAACGGCUGGUUGCUCUUUUCACUGCAGGAAGUGACUGACCACAGUCUCUUUGCUUUGGACCGCUAUACAGGACAGAUCAGAACACUUCGCUCAUUCACAGAGACAGACGAGGCUGAGCAUAAACUGCUCAUACUGGUCAAAGACAACGGCAACGUUUCUCUCUCAGCAACAGCUACUGUGAUUGUCAAACUUGUGGAGCCCAAAGAGGCUUUUGCAUCUUCUGAUGUUAAAACAUCAUCGUGCUGA